AUGGCUGUCCCCCAGAAAAUUCUGAUCGUCGGCGGAGGCGUCUUCGGCUUGUCCACGGCGUUGUCCUUGUCGCAACGACACCCUACCUGCCAGAUCACCUUGCUCGAACAAUCAGCUACAAUCCCCAAUCCCCAUGGCUCUUCCGUUGACAGCUCUCGCAUUGUUCGCGCCGAUUACUCCCACCCGGUCUAUGCGAAGCUCGCCGCCGCCGCCAUUGACCGUUGGCGCAAUACCGAAUGGGGCACGGAGGGCCGCUACACACAGAACGGACUGUUGCUCGUCUACACCCCUGGUAACGAUAAAGCCAAAGACUAUGCGACCAAGAGCUACCAAAACGUCAAGGGACUGGAGAGUGACAGCGUCCAACUGCUCCCCUCCGCGGCGGACGUGAUGAAGAUCGUGCCGGAAUAUGGACGGGAACUGAACGUCGCUGGUGGCUACAUCAACUGGGGCUCGGGCUGGGCGGACGCCGAGGCCGGCGUGCGGUUUGCAAAGAAGAAGCUGGACGAAGCCGGCAAGGUAGCCUUUAAGACUGGCGAGGUCGACAGGCUGCUAUACGCCGAAGUUCAACAGGCCGACGACUCCUCCCACCGCCGAGUCACCGGCGUCAUCCUGACGGACGGCACAACCCUCACAGCCGACCUGGUCGUGCUCGCCACAGGCGCCUGGACCGGCAAGCUCGUCGACCUCCGCGGUCGCGCCAUCUCAACGGGCCAGGCGCUCGCGUACCUGCGCAUCUCCGACGACGAGCAGCGCCAGCUGGAGAACCUCCCCACCAUUCUCAACUUCGCCAACGGCAUCUUCAUCAUCCCGCCCCGGAAUAACCUCCUCAAGAUCGCCCGCCACGCGUACGGCUACCACAAUCCCAAAGCCGUCCCCGUCCCCGGCGGUAAUGGCUCCGGCUCCGGCUCCGAAACCAACGCCGCCACGAUGCACGUAAGUCUGCCCGAGGACGGCGUCCCCGUCCCACCAGAGGGCCAGGAAGCCCUCCGCACCGCCCUGCACGAACUCCUCCCGAGCUUCACGGACCGCGAAUUCGUCAAAACCCGCGUCUGCUGGUACACAGACACCCCAACCGGCGACUUCAUCAUCGACCACCACCCCAACCACCCGGGCCUCUUCCUCGCCACCGGCGGCAGUGGCCACGGGUACAAAUUCUUCCCCGUUCUCGGCGACAAGAUCGUCGAUGCCCUGGAGGGGAAUCUCGAGCCCGAGCUGCGCGAGCUUUGGCGGUGGCGCGACGCCGUCGGCCCGGCGGCGUUUGAAGGCGACGGGAGCAGAUCCGGGGCGCAGGGACUGCUUCUGAUGGAGGAGUUGGCGAAGGGGAGGAAGGCGUUGCGGAAGAGUGUUUUGUAG